UGCCUAUAAAAUACCCUCCUUGGCCCUGCGAAACUCAUCAUCUCAUUAAAAACACACAAGCACCCACACCUUUGUCCACCUUGAACUACCAUUGCCUAUAGACAGAAGAAAAUAAAAUGGAAAUCCUCUAUGCCUCUUUCCUUUGUUUCUUUCUUCUUCUUGUCAUCUACCUCUUCCAAAACCACAAAUCCAGGGGAAAUACAAACCUUCCACCUGGGAAAACCGGAUUUCCGGUGGUUGGGGAAACCCUUGAAUUCCUCUCCACGGGAUGGAAAGGUCACCCCGAGAAAUUCAUAUUUGACUGCAUAGCCAAGUACUCCUCUUACAUUUUCAAAACAAGCCUAGUUGGCUCGCCAGUUGUCGUUUUUUGCGGAUUAAAUGGACACCGAUUCCUAUUCUCCAACGAGAACAAGCUUGUCCAGGUAUGGUUUCCCCGUUCUGUCGAAAAAAUCUUCCUGCAAUCUACACGAAUCUCUCCCAUGGAAGAAUCCCUUGAGACCGCAAAUGUUGUCCGAAAAUUUUUCCAGCCGGUGGUAAUGCAAGGCCACAUCGGUUUAAUGGAUAGCAUUGCCCACAACUACUUUGUUACCUACUGGGAAAAAAAGGACACAGUUGUGGUUUUACCACUCACCAAGCACUACACUUUUUUGCUUGCCUGUCGCUUGUUAAUGAGCGUCGAGGAUCCAAACCUUGUUGCCCUACUCAAAAAUCCUUUUGGGUUGAUGUUAAAGGGGAUAGUUUCUGUGCCUAUAGACUUACCCGGAACCCCAUUCAAUCGUGCAAUAAAGGCUUCUACUUUUAUUAAGAAAGAACUUUUGGUGAUUGUCAAGCAAAGGAAGAUAGAUUUGGCUGAGGGAAGGGCAUCGCCGAAUCAGGAUAUCUUGUCGCGCAUACUUUCAACAAGGGAUAACAACGGCAACUUCAUGCCUGAGGCGGAUAUUGCCAAUAAGAUAUUUGGAAUGUUAGUUGGUAGCCAUGACAACAUCACUUUUGUUUGUACUUCCAUUGUCAAGUACCUUGCUGAGUUGCCUGAGAUCUACCAAGGAGUUUACCAGCAACUGGAGAUUGCGAAAUCUAAAGCACCUGGUGAAUUGUUGAGCUGGGGAGACAUUCAGAAGAUGAAAUAUUCAUGGAACGUAGCAUGUGAAGUGAUGAGACUGGCACCCCCCAGCCACGGUUUUUUCAGAGAAGCAUUAACGGAUUUCACGUACAACGGCUUCUCAAUUCCAAAGGGAUGGAAGAUUUUUUGGAACACAUUCUCAACUCAUACAAACCCCGAGUUUUUUCCCGAGCCACAAAAGUUCGAUACAUCGCGAUUCGAGGGUUCUGGACCAACUCCUUACACGUAUGUACCUUUUGGUGGAGGACCUAGGAUGUGCCCUGGAAAAGAUUUCGCCCGGUUAGAAGUACUCGUGUUCAUGCACCACCUAGUCAAGAGGUUUAGGUGGGAAAAAUUGAUUCCUGAUGAGAAGAUUGUUUAUGUUCCCGUAGCUAAUCCUGAGAAUGGGCUUCCAAUUCGCCUCUUUUCCCAUGAAGCUUAG